GCCCUUGCAAUAAAUUAUUUCCACUAAAUACCUUAAGUAACCUCUACGAUAACUUCAAAACAUGUGAAGAAUCACGUUCAUGUGUAAACACUCACAUGCAAAACUUAUUGCCCCAAACGAGAGAUAAUAGAAAGUUAAAAUAACCAUUUAACCAUACCAACGGGGGUCAUAAAUCAAGUCUUCAGAAUUUGGGCUUGUGUACGUACAUUCAAAAGUGCACUUCUAUCAAUACAAAGACGGAACAGUCCAUAUCAAGAUGCGACGAUACGGCAACAAUAUGCAGGUAACGCGUCAUGCUAACGGCGCCACAAGCACCGCAAAAAUCCGUUAUCAAUUUCAUUGAUAUGACCACGUUCUGUACGCACGUUCGGUACCAUACUGAGGGUAGGUUGCGCUCCAUCAUUGCUUUAUCUAAGUCUAGUUUUUUUUAAUAGUAUACUGGCUCUAUUUGCUCGAUACGAGCUCUGCUGCAGUAAGUAAUACCGAUCCAGCGGCAGUCCGUCUACAACGCUCCGACCGUCACCAGCUGGACCGCAUCGUCUGCAUUUGGGGAUUUUGGGAAAUUUUCGCUCUUUUAGCAGUGUCGUGUUGUGCGCGAUCAAAAUGCCGAAAACUGCCGAAACCAAGUUUGUGAAUUCACUCUUUCUAACCAAUCUCAUCCAAUCGCAGUACGGUGAGUCGGAGGUGAAAAUUAAAGCGUACGAUGUCGAACCAGCAUCUGUCGAUAUUAACGAUCCUUACGCACGAUCGUCAAUGAACCGGAUCCUGAUCAAAUACACGUCGAAGGAAAAUACCAACGAUGCCGUCAUUACGUUCGUGGCGAAAAUCCAACCCACCGAAGGAUUGCUGGUGGAACAGUUCAAAAAGGCGGACGUAUUCGAGAAGGAGAUCCUGAUGUACAAGUCCAUACUGCCCAGUAUGGUGACCAUGAUUUCCAAGCUUGGUAGUGUCAUCGAACUGGCACCACAGUUAAUCUACUCCUCGCAGACACCUUCGGAUCUUGUCGUGCUCGAGGAUCUUACGGCGCGCGGAUAUAGCGUUGAAAAUCAAACGCUUGGACUAUCGUACGAGCAGAGCAAAAUGGCGGUAGAGAAACUAGCUUUCUUCCAUGCUGCCAGUGCUGCCAUGCUGGCGGAAAAUGGGCAAGCAUUUGCGAAGUUCACCAGGGGUACGUUCCACAACGAGUACAAGGAUAAGCUUAACUAUUUCCCCGAAACGAUUCGUACCGCUGGUGAAUUUGCUUCCGAGCUUGGCAUUAACCAGCUCAUGGCGGACAAACUACAGAAGUUGCCGGCUAAAACGCUGCAAAAAGCCAUCGAAGCGUACGAGAGUGACUUCAAGGGGUUCAAGGUGCUCAACCAUGGUGAUUUCUGGACCAACAAUAUUCUUUUCAAGUACCAGGGCAACGAACUGGUGGAUGCUAUUUUCGUUGACUUCCAAAACUGUGUCGUUGGAUCACCGAUCAUCGAUCUCGUGUACUUUUUGGCAUCGUCACCCGCACUCGACGUGCUGGACAAGCAUCGCGAUGAGCUGGUGUACAUCUAUCAUGAAACGCUUGUGCUGUUGUUACAGAAAAUGGGCUACAUGAAAUCCGUCCCUUCCUUGCUGGAGCUACAGGUUGAGCUGCUGAAGCAUGGUUCACUGCAGGUUAUUUACGCCCUUACCGUUUCACCCUUUUUGCGCACCAAGGAUGCACAUAAUACGCCACCGAUGCAGCCGACACUGCACAAUCCUAACCAAUCGGCGAACGUUAAGCAAAUUCUUCGCGCUCAUGCUCCCAGCAUCGUAGCACAGCUGACAGCGUACGAGCGGAUCGGAUUGCUCGAUUGGGGUGCAAAUGAAAGCAAAAUUAAGGGACUGAUGUCACGUUUCCAACGUUAACAGUCGAAGAAAAGUUUUGCCGAUUUGCAAUGUCGGUGGACAUUUUGGGCGCAAAUAAAAAGGAAAUCCGACUAUAUACUUGUGUAUCUGAUUG